CUUUGGAAGCGGUAGAGGGGCACCGAUUCGAACGAUCCAGUCGCUCCAGUCCAAUCUCAGCAAGGAAGAUGUGGGGGAAGGGAAAGAAGCGUUUCGGCGGCGGCGGCGAGCCGGCGGCCAAGCGGCAGGCCGCCGGGGACGAAGGCCCCUCCGAACCCGCCGAAGACGGUACGGUCGUAGCCGAGAUAUCGAAGAACAAGAAGGUGUCUGUUAGGAACUGGAAAGGCAGGGUCUUCGUUGACCUCCGCGAGUUCUACGUCAAGGACGGCAAGUCUCUCCCCACCCGCAAAGGUAUAUCACUCCAGUUAGAUCAGUGGAAGAUAUUGAGGGACAAUAUCAAAGCCAUAGAUGAGGCCAUCAAGGAGAACACAUGAUGGGAGCCGCCAAGCAGUCACGUUUGGGCAAACUUUUGCCUCUCGUCUGACGCCUGAUGCAUGGAAGUAGUGUCAAGACUGGUUUUUGUUGCCCAUAUGCUGCCGUGUGCCAUGUUGCUUUUGUGCACUUGACCACCUGCUGUUGUAGGUGGCCGCAUGGUCGAAAGGUUUGGUUUCUGCCUCGUCGUAUGUAAACCUUGGAUGUCAGAACUUGUCACUAUUAUCUUGUAGUUGUAGCCAAAACCAGUUUGGUAGGAGUGCAGAACUAAGAUUUGGUGUAAAAAUGAUUCGGUUUCUUACUUGCUUUAUUAUGCGAUUAAUAUGCCAACAAGCAUUGCUGUUUGGGAUU